UCGCACAUCCCUUCCACGGCUGUAAUUUGCGUCUGACGUGUGCGUGGUAGCGAGUUGUCACAAAUUAGUGUUACGAAUUAUGCGUUGUAAUCGCACGUGAGAAAUUACAUAUUACAAAAUCUGACCAGUCGGAAGCGAAAAAGUGAACUUAAAAUCUCUGCCGAGGCUUUUUUCAACGAAAGUUCGCCGUUCCAUCGCGAACAUGGUCUACGUUGCGGACGACGGUAGCGUAGUGAAUUCUGUCCCGUGGAGUGUGAGGAGGGUCUUCGGGAUCUUUACAGGAAUGAUAUAUAUGGUCGUUAUGUUCUUUCAGACAUUGGUCAGUCCUGGCAUGGACCGAACGGACAGACAAUCUACAAGGGAUUUCCGGCCGGGUUCCGGACCGCGUCCUCCAUCCCGUAGACUUGGUAGACCAAAUACAGGGGACAGCGUUGAUAUUCCAUUUUUCGGAGGUUGCAGCAGUUGCGCGAGAUGAACAGGUUCAAAGAAUGACCGGAUCAAACGUUAACACGAUUUCAGAGCUAAAUCCACGACUGCAUUUGUAUCUAUGCGAUAACUCGGUUACGUAAAACUUCAUCUGCCCGAUCAUAGAAAAUUAUUCCUAUUGAAAUUAAAUCUCUAAAAAUCGCUAUGAAUAUCUUAUACAAAUGUCUCAUAUUUUUUUUCUUAAAAAGUAAAUUCCCGUAAAGAAAACCUCACAAAGCGUUAUUUCUACGUUUCAUAUAGAAUAUUAAGAUUAUCUCUUCAGCAGUAUUGAACACACUGUAACGCUUUCUCAUCUCUUAUCAUUAACGCAUUUAAAUAAUACAGAAAACGCUGAGCACAUUCUUGAAAAUAACACGACUAUAUCCUUUAUUGAACACAAUACCGAACUUACAUAUAUAUAUGUGUAUAUAUUCAAUAGGACAUUAUAAAUAAUUAUAAAUAUAAAACAAUAUCAUCGAAUGUAUAGUAAGAAAACGAAGUCUUGAGCGAAGUCUUCUGUAUUAUUGUAAAUGAAAUAAAGUGGCACAAUCUAAGCGAGA